GCGACGUGGCUUCUCGAACGCCACAACUGCUUAAUUCAACCUUUACCAUUCAAAAAGAACUAGAAUGCGAGGCCGGAGGAACCGUUAACGGCAUCUCGUGCGGCUGGGCUCGUGCGGGCAAAGAGACAAGAAAAUUGCAAGCAUGAUCAAAUAUUCAAUUUUUAGUUUCUGCUGGAGAUUCCAUUCUGCAUCUGAGAGUGGCGCUUUUGCCUGUGGGCUCGAAGGCGAAAGCUGUCCUUUCAUCCUUCUUUUGAGAGUGCUUCUCAGGGCGGGCAUUGACCUCCACCAGCAGCCAUGGCGACCGUCAUGCAGAAAAUCAAGGACAUCGAGGACGAGAUGGCCCGCACACAGAAGAACAAGGCGACCAGCCAGCACCUGGGCCUGCUCAAGGCCAAGCUUGCUAAGCUGCGGAGGGAGAUUCUGGCCCCUUCGGAGCGGGGCGCCGGCGGUGGGGCUGGCUCCGGGUUUGAUGUCACCAAGGCCGGAGACUCGCGCGUGGGCUUGGUGGGCUUCCCCUCCGUGGGCAAGUCCACGCUGCUGAAUAAGCUGACCGGGACCUUCUCAGAGGUGGCGUCGUACGAGUUCACCACGCUCACCUGUGUCCCGGGGGUCAUUCGCUACCGAGGGGCCAAGAUCCAGUUGCUGGACCUGCCUGGUAUCAUUGAGGGCGCCAAGGACGGCAAGGGUCGUGGGCGGCAGGUGAUCAGCACGGCGCGCACGUGCAACUGCAUCCUCAUUGUGCUGGACGCGAUCAAGCCCAUCAGCCACAAGCGGCUGAUUGAGAAGGAGCUGGAGGGGUUUGGCAUCCGGCUGAACAAGCAGCCGCCCAACAUCACGUUCCGGCGCAAGGACAAGGGCGGCAUCAACUUCACGACCACGGUGCAGAACACGCAGCUGGACGCAGAAACCGUGAAGGCCAUCCUGGGGGAGUACAAGAUUCACAACGCCGACAUCACGCUGCGCUACGAUGCCACUGCGGACGACCUUAUCGACGUUGUCGAAGGGAACAGGAAGUACAUCCCGUGCGUGUACGUGGUGAACAAGGUGGACCAGAUCACGCUGGAGGAGCUGCAGGUGAUGGACCGCAUGCCGCACUACUGCCCCGUCUCCGCGCACCUCGAGUGGAACCUGGACGGCCUCCUCGACAAAAUCUGGGAGUACCUCAACCUCAUCCGAGUGUACACCAAGCCCAAGGGCGUGAACCCGGACUACGACGACCCCGUCAUCCUCAGCGCGGAGCACACCACCGUUGAGGACUUCUGCAACCGGAUACACAAAGACAUUCUCAAACAGUUCAAAAACGCGUUGGUGUGGGGAUCCAGCGCGAAACAUAAACCGCAAAAAGUGGGAAAGGAACAUGUUUUAGAGGACGAAGAUGUCGUACAAAUUGUGAAGAAAGUAUGACUUUCCGCAGUCUAGUGAGUCGGAAGUGUGUACAUAUGAGAAUUGAAAGUCCUGGUUUGAAGUGGAGCUUGUGAGUACCCUAUCAUGAUAGGGCAUCAUGGCAUGUGUCGCAGCAGUUUCAUUAUUAUCCGAAUUGAACUCGUCAACCCUGUUGGUUGUAACGUGUUGCUGCACGAGCAUGCACGUCCAGCCCAUGUGGUCAAGGAUGGCAUGAGUCACCAUCAGGCCAAUUUGCCGAUCACCGCUCUUCAAGACCACACACUGCAAAGUGGGGUUGUAAGAGAGUUCAAGAAUUUAGUCACCAUGCAAGAUGACCAAAAAGAUAGCUGUCAAUCGGAUUUACGAAUAUAUUAGCUC